AUGGAAACAGGCCGAGAAGACGAGAAGAGGGAGGUCAACGUGACGGCCCUCCUCAAGACGCCUGUGCUGAGGCCGCCGCUUCCUCGUCCUCUGCCCUCAAUGUGGUCGAGUGCUGGAUGGUCAUCAUCCUCGCCUACGACGCCCACAUGCCGCAACACGGAGCACAUAGGCCCCAAUGUGUUCGCCCACCUUCACCCUCGCCGGCUUCGUGGAGCUCCGGCGGACUUCCUGACGAUGGUGGCGGUGGAGAAGCUCGGCCGGAGGCACACGACGGGCGUGGACGCUGUGCUGGGCGGGGCGCUGUGCCUCGGGGUCGCUGCCGUGCCGCCGGACAACACACACGUCAUCCUAGCGUUGGCAAUUGCGGGCAGAUUUCUCAUCACGAUGUCCAUCAACGUGGGCCAACAGUACCCGAUCGAGGUCCUGCCAACAGUGGCGCGGGGAUCCGGGUCCGGGGCUAUCCACACGCUCGGAUAUGGAGCGGCUUUCGUGUCUCCUUACGUGGUGUAUUUGUCCAAGUUCGGCCACUUCCUCCCGUACACCAUCCUGGGCGUGGUGACCGUCGUGGGCGGCCUCGUGUGCGUCCUCCUGCCGGAGACGCUGGACCAGAAGCUGCCGGACAGCCUGGAGGACGGGGAGGCCUUCUUCGCGGGCCAAGGCUGCUGCUACAACCCCUGCGCCAGGGUUAUUUCUCCAUACAAGUUGGAGAAGUCUGGAGGCAUCACACAACCCUAUCUGACCAUCUACCUCAAUACAUAUUUCCUCUGUCUCUACCCUUAA